AUGUCCCAUAGUGUCGACACAGAGAUGGGAUCAAUGAAGCCGAAUAUACCACCAUUAAAAAUCGCCAAGCCGAAUACCGAUAUACCCAACGCUGAACCCGACGAUAUACAGUCCAUGUCGAGUCGUUUUUACUUGCAUAACGCCCAGUCCGAGAUCACUCCGCCAUUAACACCACAAGGAACACAAGGAAGCAAUAUGGAACCACCAGAGACCUCCGAACCCCCAAGGGCCGUUUUUCACAAUUACCUACGCGCAUUCUAUCCUUUCCACCCGGCUGGAAAUGUUUCGCCAUCGACCGUCACUCUUCCAUUGGACCAGGGAGAUAUCAUCUUGGUUCACUCCGUUCACACCAAUGGCUGGGCCGAUGGUACCUUGUUAGAUUCUGGACAUCGAGGCUGGCUACCCACGAAUUAUUGCGAAGCAUACGACCAAUUGCCUAUGCGUCCUUUAUUAAAAGCCCUCACGGAUUUCUGGGAUAUUAUACGAGGUGGAUGUGGAUCAUCAUUAAAGGAUUUUGGAAAUCAAGAUUUGAUGCGAGGCCCUAUUGCCGGUGUUCGCUUCCUUCUGGAGAAGGCAGAAUGUUUAACAAGGGAAGCACCUUUGGUUAAGAAUUAUGAUGGACUACGCAGAAUCCGAAAGGCAUUAUUAUCUGAUCUGUCUUCAUUGGUGAAGACAGCUAAGAAGUUUCAAGAGGUUGCUAAUGGUAGCCCAGCGGAUGAUGAAGUAGAGGCCAUUUUGGAUGAGAUGCUCUUGAAGGCAUUCAAGAUUGUGACUCGUGGAGUUCGGUUUUUGGACGUGUGGAACGAGGAGGUUGGCCUGAGUCGCACUAUUGCUGAGCUUCAAAAUGCCGGCGAUGGUCUUACUCAGUUCGACAUGCCUCCAACGCCUGCUUCAGAGACCUUCACCAUCGAUAGUGGGCCAAUGUCGGAUGCAUGCACCGAACGUAACGAGUCUCGACAAAUGAGCCGCAGCCGAAUGGGUGUUAGUCGAGCAUCGGUGCGUACCGAGAUGCUCGAUCACCCAUCUCGUCCGGUCUCUGUCGCAACCAAACGCAUUUCCAUAUCCCAUCGAAUUUCUUAUUCGGGUGCCUCUUCAGCGAUUCGUUCCCAGAACCUCGCAUCAGAGCGCCUGGGAACGACAUACGAUGCGUUCCUCGGUGUACUUGGAUCUUUCAUUGGGCUUCACAUGCAAUCGCGAUCAUCUACUGAGUUGGUCGUGACCACCCAGCAAGCAGUGCAAUCUUGUCGGUCUUUACUAGAUGUUGUAGAGGCUGUCUAUGAGCAUGAUGCUCAGCAUAGUUCUUUCCUCGAGGAGGCUCGCGAGUCAAUGUGUGAGCGGCUGUCCGAGCUGGUUCACGCCGCUCGUGAUGUGUUCCGCCCCGCCAGCUCGCAAGAUGAUGACUUGGUAAUGAUGCCGGAUCAGGGCAAGCGUCUGGUGGAUGCUGCGACUGAUUGCGUACGCGCUGCUGGUAAUUGCCUGGCUAAGUCCCGUUUGGUGCUGGAACAAACUGGAGACAUCGAGCUUGAGCCCCUGAAAAAAGAAUUGGAAACUGGCGAGGAUGCGCAGGGAAUUGUGACCCCUCACUCCGACGACACUCCGAGUGAAGAAAAGUCGCAAGAGCUUUCCUUGCAACUUCCCCCUCCUCCUCACACCAUUGCCAAACCAACCCACUCUUCAUCACUUUCGACCUCUGCUCUCCCAGAUUCUACCGCCCCCUCCCACCUCGCGUCUUCCAACUCCGCAGUCCCAUCCCCUGCUCAUUCUUCUCUUCCAUCAUCUUCAAUUCUCCCCACCCACCUCGAAAUGACUUCUUUCUCUUCAUACGAUAGCAGUUACCGUGAAAGUCACCCUCAAUCCGACGUUAGUGAGUCUUUCGGUCGAGGUGUCACGAGCACGGGUAGCAGCUUCACAUACGUCAGCCACACUCGGGACUCCGAAAUGAGCGGUCUGUCGCAAGCUUCGACUCGCGCAACCUCCCCUGAUAUUAGUGGUAGCUUCCCUGGCAGCUUCCAUGGGCCAUCCCUGAAGGAGAGUGUCAGCCACUCGACCCUGGCCGAGGAGAAUGAGGAAACGGAAGCCCACCUUCUGGAGAAGACUUAUGCCCACGAGUUAAUGUACAAGGAGGGUCAAAUCAUGGGUGGCAGUCUUCGUGCUUUGAUCGAGAAGCUUACCGCCCAUCAAUCUACCCCCGACGCUCUGUUUGUUUCAACCUUCUACCUCACCUUCCGUCUCUUCGCUACCCCGCUGGAAUUUGCCGAGGCGCUCUCGGAGCGAUUCGAAUACAUUGGAGAUACCCCCCAUGCCGCUGGUCCCGUUCGCUUGCGUGUUUACAACGUCUUCAAGGGCUGGCUCGAGUCCCACUGGCGCCACGACCGCGACAACACUGCUCUGGACUUCAUUGUCGAUUUCGCUAAGAACCGACUGACCACCGAUCUGCCUACUGCAGGUAAGCGUCUGCUUGAUUUAUCCGACAAGGUGUCCGCUGUUCACGGCCCCGUUGUCCCUCGUCUGGUGUCCUCCAUGGGCAAAACCAACACUUCAAUUGCUCUAUACGUCCACCCUGAUACCCCUCUUCCCGCUCCCAUCCUUGGAAAGAAGGAGAUCAACUUGCUCAAGCAAUGGAAGAACGGCGAGGCCUCGAUUACAAUCCUCGACUUUGACCCGCUGGAAUUGGCUCGGCAACUGACCAUCAAGGAGUCGCGCAUCUUCUGCUCUAUUCUUCCCGAGGAACUUCUCGACACUGAAUGGACGCGGAAGUCGGGCUCGCUUGCUGUCAACGUCCGUGCCAUGUCGACUUUGUCAACCGAUCUUGCUCACUUGGUAGCCGACUCCAUUCUCUUCCUGGAGGAGCCCAAGAAACGUGCUGUGAUCAUCAAGCACUGGGUGAAGAUUGCCAGCAAAUGUCUGGAACUGAACAACUAUGACUCACUCAUGGCUAUCGUCGCAUCGUUGAACCUGUCAAUGGUACAAAGACUCAAACGUACCUGGGACAUGGUCUCUCAGAAGACUAAGGCAUCCUUCGAAAAUCUCCGCAGCAUUGUUGAUGUUUCUCGGAACUACAUCGUGCUCCGACAACGUCUUCAAAAUCACGUUCCACCGUGCCUGCCUUUCGUUGGAACCUACCUGACCGAUCUGACCUUUGUCGACCACGGCAACCAGUCUGUCCGCAGCUUGCCCACAGAUGACGGUGACCGAAACGUGAUCAACUUCGACAAGCACAUGAAGACAGCCCGCAUCAUCAGUGAGCUCCAGCGCUUCCAGAUUCCUUACCGUCUUACCGAAGUUCCCGAGUUGCAGACCUGGAUGCAAAACGAGCUUGUGCGUGUUCGCUCCAUCGGCGGUGAAUCUACCAAUGCGGCCUUUUACCGUCGGUCGUGUGUUCUUGAGCCUCGAGACCCUUCUGCGCCCCGCGGCACCCAUGCCGGCUUGCAACUCCAGCCACCAACACAUCUUCAGCCUCAUUCACAACCCUCUUCGCAACCUCAAACCCCGUCUGAAUCUAAUUCUUCAAUUCUUGAGAAUGCCAAGGACAAGUUUGACUUGUUCUCCUGGACGCACCCGUCUAAACCCAAGUCCGUCGUCGCGACUAAUGGGUAA